AUGAGUUUGAAAGAACACCGAACGAAAUCGACUGUUUUCUGGCCAGCACCACCCUCCAACCACCAACUCGCUCGAGCGCUCUCGUUUUGGCCUGCACCGGUGGCGACCUACUUUCGACCGAGUCCAACGAACGAAAAUCGCAACAGCGACACCACAGCCGCUGCAGCAACUGCAACAGCCCUUGCCGACGCAACGGGAAACAACGGCGUCGGUGAGGGGGCAGCGAGGAAAACCAGCACUGCACCAGGCUCGGGUGAGAACGCCAAGCCUGUUGCGGCCGACGGGGGAGGAGGAGACGGAGAAUCAGCAGUUGGCGAUCAAAAGUGGGAGUUGUUCGAGGACGACAGCGCCGAGCACACGGCCCGGUUCCGCGGCCGGAAGUUCGUCGGCCGAAAGGUGGAGCUCCCCAAGGGGGUCCAUGGGGUCGUGCUUCGCGAGAAGCCGUGCCCGCCGGGGGUGCGUGAGAACAACGAAGACGUGGCGUCGUACUGGGCGGCCGAGACCUCAUUCCGGGAAGUGACGGUCUGGGGACACGAUCAGCCCCGGCAAGAGAGCACCGUUGACCGAAGCCUCGCCUGGCUGGAAGUUUCGAAAUCGAUCCACGACCCAUAAAACCCGUGGAACCCGUAUUCCUUGUGUGGAACGAACCUGUGAGACCGACGCCCCGCGCUCUCCUCAACACACGCAACGCUCGCGAGGAGUACCUCUGGCUGAGGGUCGGCAAAGAAGCACCUUCUUUCCUCUUCGAUCGCGAGUGAUUGCGGGUGCUGCGGUGCCGUCGCGCACUAAAAAGACUGGAGUUUGGUUAAACCCUUGCGCCUGCAUUUCGGCAUCGUUGUCGUUGUGCGCAGUUUGCGAACUUUCUCGGAGGCGUAACAUACGGAAAAAGGGCGAAAGACCACUUUUCACACGUGGCCGUAAGUCUGGAGACCUUUUUUGUGGUGGACAGCGUCGAAGCGCGUUGCUUCGUACACACUGGUUAUAAGCAGCGGCACCUAUCUGCGUGCCGGCUCCGGGUAGGAACGGAAUGGAAGAUAUCAAUUGGAAGAUAUCGUUCGGCGU